AUGUUUUGUGACUGGACAAGUCGGCUUCUGAAGGCUCAAGUUGCUGCAUUUUUCUUAAUUUGUUUCAGCAAUUUGUUCAUGUUUAUCGCCUUAAUCACUCCAGCUUGGCAGGUAGCUUUCGACAAAGAUGCAAAUCGGUAUGUGCAAAGUGGUUUAUGGAUUUACUGUCCAGGAGAAGCGGCUUGUUGGUAUAUUUUCAGCGAUAAUCUCAUAAACUAUUAUGAAAAGGUUGAUGUUUGUCGAUUUUUCUUGAUUGGUGAUUGUCGUAAAAAACUCGUUCGAACACCAUACUUUUUUAAUUGGCAUUACGUGGUACUCAUUAUUAUAAUAAUCGCAUUACUAUUUAGUUCUGUGGCAGUGCUUUCACUAUUCUUAAUUGUUUUAUUAAGUAUUGCUCUCGCAAUAUUCAUGGUAAAUGCUGAAAUGUUGGAAUCGCGAUAUUUAAUUGGAAUAAAAAAUACAUUUCGGAAAGAGUAUGGAUAUUCCUAUUAUUUAGCCGGAUUAGGGCUUAUAAUGUUUCUUUUCACGCUACUGGCAGCAAUUGUUAUCACAACUUUUGCGAUAUUCGGAUCAAACCAAAAUAUUAAGUGGCAAAAUAAUAGACUUUACACAAGGCCAAAUUCCAAGCAUCCACCACGACCCGGCAGUAUUAUUGAUACUAGUUCAAUUACACCUUUGCCACAACCAGAGUAUUUGCAGUCUACGAGAACUUUCUUAAGCUAUUAG